AACUGCCAAAAGUGCCAAAUGUUCUGACAGUUUUUCCGCUUUUCCAGGCUGUUUUCCUAGUUUCCUUCAUAGUUUUAAACGUGAAGUCGGUCAAAGUUUGUAAAGUAGUUUGAAGUAAAUAAAGUUUUUAAUAACAGGAAUUUCAUUACAGAGAUGCCUCAAAUAAUACUGCUAUUCAGCGGUAAGAGAAAAUCUGGGAAGGACUUUUUAACUACACAUUUACAGAAAUUGCUAGUUGACAAAUGCGAAGUGUUAAAAAUAUCUCAGCCGAUAAAGAGUCACUGGGCAAAGGAGAAGAAUUUGAAUCUGAAUGAGCUGUUGGGUGACGGAGAGUACAAAGAACAAUACCGACUAGAUAUGAUCAACUGGAGUGACAAGAUGAGAUUGCAAGAUUACGGUUAUUUCUGUAGGAUCGCUUGUCAAGAUGCUGCAGAGAAGCCAAUUUGGAUUGUGAGUGAUAUCAGAAGAAAAACGGACAUCCGCUGGUUCAAAGAAAAAUAUGGGGAACAAAUUAGAACUAUUAGGAUAAUAGCAGAUGAAGAUACAAGAAAGCAAAGAGGAUUUCAGUUCAAAUCUGGUGUUGAUGAUGUUGCUUCUGAGUGUAACUUAGAUGAUUAUACUGACUGGGAUCUGGUAAUAGACAAUAGUGAUGGAAAACAGGAGCUGGAAGACCAAUUGAGUAGUAUACUAGGUUUGCUGUCUGGGUUAUGAUUAUAGUUAAGGUCCAUAUUAUACAGCAAUCAUGUAUUAAGCAUCAGAUGCUGUUGUAUAUUUGUAUCUUUUAUAUACAGUGCUGCAGAUUUUAAGUUAUAAGCUUUAUGUUAAAGCUACAAACAAAUGGUGACAAUAAAUAGCAACAACAUGCUUUAUAUUAUGAUGUUAGAAUAUGCAGGUUAAACACAGGAGCUGUUGUCUGUUUUAACCAAAAUAUGGCAUCUAAGUAUAUUUGUGGUAUUCUUCCAGGUGAUGGUAGAAUUGUAAUUUGUAUUUCUUAUGCUAAAAUAUUUAAGCUGUGACUGAAGUGAGCAUAUCUAUGCUUUGAGGUUUAUACAGAAUUUUCAACCGACUUCAAAAAAAAGGAGGAGGUUCUCAAUUCAGCUGUUUUUUUUUUUUUUUAUGUUUUUUACU